GGGCCGGAAGUCAAUGAGCGUUGCCACGAAGUCAGAUUCCUCCGCCGAUUGCGGCGCUUGGUUCCGCGGCGUCGCUCGCGUCUACCCAAGAUUUCUUCCUCUCCCUCCCGCCCGCUUCAGGCCUGCUGGCUGUCGCUUCUCCGGCCAGUAGUCACGGCGUCCCUGCCCCGUCGGCAUUCGGCCUAUGCCCGGCCUGGUCUGCUAGACCGCAUCGCGCCGCCGCCGGACCUCCCCUGUCCCGACACGCACUUCCGCUGACGCGUCGGCAGGACGGAGCCGGAGGGGAGCGCGGCGGGCGGUGAUGGAUGCGCUAGCGGUCAUGAUGCAGGACCUCCUGAGCCAGAACCAUGCCCUGCGCAGGGAGAACAACGAGCUCAUGGACCAGGUGCGGCGACUUCUCUGCGAGAAAGCCAACCUGCUAGCCCAGGUGCGUCCGCCGGCUUGCCCCGUGGCUUUUCCCGAAACGUUUAAAGGCGACUCCGCCCGGCUUCCCGAAUUUUUGAUCCAAGCGGCCUCUUACAUGAGGUUCUUCGAGGCCAGAUUCUCCAACGACACCUUAAAGGUGGCAUUCUUAAUCAGCCGCCUCUCUGGGGCGGCAGAGGAGUGGGUAGUCCCCUAUAUCGAGAGGGAGAGCCCCAUCCUAGCUCAUUACGAGGGCUUCGUGGACGCGCUGAAGCGGGCCUUUGGCAGAAAUGGGUAGAAAACCACCGGGCUUAGACCCUUCGUGCCGGGAGUGACAGCCACGAGCCUCUGCGCUCCCCACCAACCCGGCCGUCCUUGGUUUUGAUUCCCCAAGAACUCUCCAGCUCCCAGCUACCUGGCCCCGAGCCUUGCUAUAAAGCUUGGCCGCUGCCUGUUCUUGCCACCGCACUACCUUUGCACUUUGCUCAGCAACAUAGCCACUGGCUGGAGAACCUUUUAGAAAUUAAAUGGGCCACCCAGGAUCACGUCCCUACCACCUGCCAACUCUGAAGACUGACUGUUGCUGACCGCCUUUGAAAAUCGGGGCCAACCUAGGAAGUGCCUCAGUUUGCCACAAUCCGUGAACGCUGAUAUGGAUCGCUCAGGCCUGGAGAGUUUCCGUGAUUAGUGUUCCUGGCAGCCAGAUUUUGACAUUUCUACCCCAUGACAGGCCCUAACCCGUACCAAGGAAGGGGAACAGGGUUCACUUCCUGGACUGCUUUUGUGAACUGAUGCACCCAAAGAAUCCACUGUUCCUCGCACUGCUCUCAGAGUCUACCCUAGGAGUGUCUUUUUAUUGACAAGUGAUUCCAUUUUAAAUCCAAAAUUGAGGGGCACUGAUAAAGGACAGAUUAGUAGAGAGGCAGGUGAACUUAAGAAGGGAUACAUGUGAUCCGGCUGGUGUGGCCCAGCGGUUGAGCGUUGACCCAUGCACCAAGAGGUUGCUGAUUCCAUUCCCUGUCAGGACACAUGCCCAGGUUGUG